AAAUAAUUUCUCUUUCUUUAAUUUUAGGAAACAGAUAUUGAUGACAGAUAUGGAGAUUUGGAUUCCAGAGCAGAUUCUGAUGUCCCCGAAAUCCCGCCAUCCUCAGACAGGACCCCCGAGAUACUGCAGAAAGCUCUGUCUGGCUUAUCCUCAAGGUGGAAAAACUGGUGGAUCCGGGGGAUCCUCACCCUGACUAUGAUCUCACUGUUCUUCCUGACCAUCUACAUGGGCUCCUUCAUGCUGAUGCUGCUGGUUCUGGGCAUCCAGGUGAAGUGCUUCCACGAAAUCAUCACGAUCGGGUACAGAGUCUACCAUUCGUACGAGCUUCCAUGGUUCAGAACACUCAGUUGGUACUUUCUACUGUGUGUGAACUACUUUUUCUAUGGAGAGACUGUUGCUGAUUAUUUUGCUACAUUUGUUCAGAGAGAAGAACAACUUCAGUUCCUCAUUCGCUAUCAUAGAUUUAUAUCAUUUGCACUCUACCUGGCAGGUUUCUGCAUGUUUGUACUGAGCUUGGUGAAGAAACAUUACCGUCUGCAGUUUUAUAUGUUCGCAUGGACUCACGUCACUUUACUGAUCACUGUCACCCAGUCGCAUCUGGUCAUCCAGAAUCUGUUUGAAGGCAUGAUAUGGUUCCUUGUUCCAAUAUCAAGUGUUAUCUGCAAUGACAUUACUGCUUACCUUUUUGGAUUUUUUUUUGGAAGAACUCCAUUAAUUAAGUUGUCUCCUAAAAAGACUUGGGAAGGAUUCAUUGGCGGUUUCUUUUCUACAGUCGUGUUUGGAUUCAUUGCCGCCUACGUGCUUUCCAAGUACCAGUACUUCGUGUGCCCCGUUGAGUACCGCAGUGAUGUGAACUCCUUUGUCACCGAGUGUGAGCCCGCUGACCUCUUCCAGCUGCACAGCUACCAGCUGCCCUCCUUCCUGCAGGCGGUGCUGAGACGGGACACAGUGAGUUUGUAUCCUUUCCAGAUACACAGCAUUGCUCUUUCAACCUUCGCUUCUUUAAUUGGCCCAUUCGGAGGCUUCUUUGCCAGCGGAUUCAAAAGAGCUUUCAAAAUCAAGGAUUUUGCAAACACCAUCCCUGGGCAUGGCGGGAUCAUGGACAGAUUUGACUGUCAGUAUUUGAUGGCUACUUUCGUGCACGUAUACAUCACAAGUUUCAUAAGGGGCCCGAAUCCCAGCAAGGUCCUGCAGCAGCUGCUGGUGCUCCAGCCGGAGCAGCAACUGAGCAUCUACAGAACCCUGAAGACGCACCUCCUGGAGAAGGGCCUCCUGCAGCCCGCCUUGAAGGUGUGAGGGCCCGGGAGGACGCAGGAGAAGCCGGACAGACACGAUCCUGUUGCACUUCAGAGAAAAAUGGUUGGAAAUGCAAUAGAUUGAAGUUUUACAGACAUAAAUGUUUCUCCUCUGAAAUUACUGUGAAUAUUUAACAAACACUUGAUCCGAGUCCUGAAAUAAGUAGCAAAUCGCCAGCAAAA